AUGUGUCUGUGGGUUUUAACAGCAUGUCUGGGUCUGCUGCCUGGCAACCCCUCACCGGCUGUGGUAGUGCCCGGUCAACCCUCGCCCUUUGUUGUACCCAGUCCAGAACUAAUUACAAUUGUUACGACAUCACCACCAUCUUUUCCUCCGCCCACCCUACCGACACUGCCUCCUACAAUUUUAACACUCCCACCUACCACCAUAAUCCCAGCUCCUACUACAACUGCAGUUCCACCUGCAAUCUUAAAUCCAGCAUUAAGUGGAACUAUUAUACCUCUUGUAAUUUGUUCCAAUUCUGAAAUUGUAUGUGUCGUUAACCCUCAUGAUCUAAGUGGCAAAACAGGCCCCUAUCGCACUCAAGUAGGGACUACAUUGACACCAGCAGCGGUGAUAAAUCCUCCACCAAUCGCUGGUUAUAGUGCUCAGAUGCCAUCCUUUGAUACCGCCGUUAAGUUUCCGAGAUUCCGAAGGAAUGCAGAUCUCAAUUUUUUUAAGAGAGUAAAAUAUUCUUGGAAAAAUGUUCAAGAAGUAGACAGAGAACACCGUAUCAAAAAACGACAGUUCUGUGGUUGUGUACCCAUUGGCACUUGUUCUGCAAAUGAAAAUGAUGUCAUAAUUGGCACUCCUGGGGUAGAGUGUUUAGCUGAUCAAGACUACUGUUGUGGCAACACUGUUGAUAUCGCAACAAAAGAUUCUUGCGGUGUAAUAAAAACUGUACGAUCUUCACCCAGAACAACAGGAACUGGACAAGCCAGCGAUGGUAAAAAUCCUUGGCAGGGAGUACUACUGACGCAGACGGAUUAUGUCAGUGGGACUGUAUUAAUAGAUGAGUUUAAUGUGCUGACCGUUGCUCAUAAGGUCCUUCAAUAUGUAACUCCAGGAACACCUGUUAAUUUAAAAGUUCGAAUGGGCGACUGGAAUGCUACACAGCGUGACUCAUCGCUCUACCAGGAAUACUCAGUCAGUAAAGUGUUCAGCCAUCCAAAUUUUUUUCCUAAAACGCUUCAGAAUGAUAUUGCGGUAUUAAGGCUAUCUUCAGCAGUUCCUUUCACACCAAGUGCAGGAGCUGUAGCAACGAUUAAUAGAGCAUGUCUACCACCAACGGCAUCCACAAUUUAUACAGGACAAAGGUGUGUCGUGGCAGGCGUGGGUCACCAAGUUUUUGGUCCAAAGGGUACUAUCCAGACCACAAUUAAGAUGGUAGAUGUACCAAUAGUAGAUCCAGCGAGAUGUCAGAAACUGCUUCGGGCCACGCGUCUUGGAUCUUACUUCACACUAGAUACUUCGUCAUUUAUUUGUGCUGGGGGAGAGACGAGUAAAGACGUGUGCACGGGUGACGGUGGGUCAGGCCUAGUUUGUCAAGUAGACGAAAAAUGGAUAUUAGUGGGUUUAGUCUCAUGGGGCAUUGGCUGUGGUAGCCCUAAUGUGCCUGGAGUAUACGUCAACGUGGCUUCCUAUCUGCCCUGGAUAAAUCAGCAAAUUGCAGCAUCUUAA